AUGUUCUGGGUACUUCACCUGUUCAUCUGGAUCGUGAAGCAACGAUAUCAGGCCGCAAGGCGGUUGCCAUUACCGCCUGGACCGCCUGGACGUUGGCUUUUAGGAAAUACGAUGCCAAAGUCAAAUGCGCCAUUUCAAUUCGCGAGGUGGACAGAGCAAUACGGUCCCGUGUUUUCGCUCAAACAAGGCCAUAGGAUUUUCGUGAUUAUAGGACGUUAUCAGGCUGCGGUAGAUAUCAUGGAAAAAGAAGCAGGAAAUCUCGGUGACCGCCCACGUUCUAUUGCAGUGCAAGAGACAUUAUCUGACGGGAUGAGAAUUGUCCUUGAGGGCAGUGGUGAGAAAUUGCGCCGGCUCCGAAGGGUCUUGCACGCAGGCUUACAACCCAAGGUUGCGGAGACCUACGAGCCCAUCCAGACUAGGAAUGCGAAGAAUCUGAUUUUAGAUAUCUUAAAUGAUCCAAAGAAUCACCAAGGUCAUGCCAUGCGUUAUGCAGCUUCCGUGGUCAUGUCCUUCACUUAUGGAAAAACUACUCCGACUUCGUACUCAGACCCUGAAGUCGUUGCCGUCAACAAGUCUAUGGAGCGUUUUGGUCAAGCCAUGAAGCCGGGAGCAUACCUUGUGGAUGCGUAUCCAAUCCUGCGUUUCAUCCCGGGCUACCUGAACCAAUUGAAGGCAUGGCACCAAGAAGAACUUGCUCUCUUCAACGGGCAGUUGGAUGCGGUGCGAAGACAGAUGGGUGAGGAGACCGCGACGCCAUCCUUCGGGAGGUUCAUUUUAGAGCACCAGAAACAGUAUCAGCUCGAAGACAAGGAAAUGGGAUACAUUGCAGGAGCAAUGUUCGCGGCUGGUUCUGAUACGACUGCAUGUGCAAUCACAAUUAUGAUGAUGGCUGCUACCAUUCACACGGACGCACAGGCUCGCGUACAAGAGGAGCUUGACGACGUCGUGGGGCGUACGCGGCUGCCGACAUUUGAUGAUCAGGAAAUGCUGCCGCAGGUUACCGCGUUCAUGCUGGAGAGUCUGAGGUGGAGACCUGUUGCCCUUGGAGGCUUUGCGCAUCGCGCGAAUAAGGACAUAAUUUGGAAUAACUACCUCAUUCCUGCAGGUGCGACUGUUAUUGGCAACCAUUGGGCUAUCGCAAACGAUCCUGAGGUCUUCCCAGAACCGCAAAAGUUCAAUCCUCAGCGUUGGAUCGACGAUGCAGGUCGUGUACGCAAUGAUCUCCGAUUUUUUACUUUCGGCUUUGGCCGCCGAGUGUGUCCCGGUCAACAUGUCGCAAAUCGGUCUAUCUUCAUGAACACGGCUCUUAUUCUCUGGGCUUUCCGUCUGUCUGAGAACCCUGCAGCGAAGAUUGACACGCUUGCUUUCUCGGAUACUGUGGUUGUACAUCCUGCUCCGUUUGAGAUAUGUUUGGAGAAGAGGAUCGAUGAGAAUCUGAUUAGGGAACUGUGUGCACCUGAGGAGUAAAGGGCGUUUAUCUAGGAGCUUGAAAGUUCAGUCGUGUUUAUAGUAUGGAAAAUAGUUAAUAGUUAAUAGUUAAUAUUUAAUGGUUAAUACAUUCGCUCCAGCCAUUGUUACUUGCGCGAGGAUGGAUUUUCGUAGUCUAAAUAUUACACAGCGUGUGCUUGAGACUGCGAUGGAGACCUUGGGAUUGUUCAAAGUAGAAACUGCAAGUCGCAGACUUGGAAGAAUGUUAUGUGAUGUGAGUCCGCUAACACCUGGUCGGAAGAUCGAGGAUGAAUCGUAAUGGAUGACAUACGCUGAGAUCGCAAUACUUGAUGUAAUAGUCAUACCACACCCGUCGCACUGCGUCGAGCAGUACACGCAGGUGCCUUUGUGCUUGCCAUGGUCCUUCUGAAGGAUCAGCUUGCCGCAUUGCACUUCAGAACACGGGAUCUCUU